AAAGGGGAGGAAUGGGAUGAUAGUCUACAAUCAAAGGAGCAAAUUGAAGCAAGUUUGCUCAGCAAAUAUGAAGCUGCAACGAGACGAGAAAGAGCACUAGCCUAUUCAUAUUCCCACCAGCAAACCUGGAAGAAGUCGUCAAAAUCUACCAAUUUGUUGUUUAUGGAUCCAACCAAUCCUCAAUGGGGUUGGAGUUGGUUAGAGCGAUGGAUGGGUGCUAGGCCAACGGAAACCCAAAGCAUGUCGGAGAAAGAACUUAAAAGUGAUCACAUGUCUGUUAGAAGUGCCAGUGUGAGCAUUGCUGGAGGAGAAAUUACCAAGGCAUUUGCCCGGCAUCAGCUGAAUUCUGAACUCCCUUCUUCUCCAUCCAGCCAAAAGCCAAACCGUCGUUCAAGCCGCCAGUCCCCUACUACCCCUUCCAAGCCAGGCCCUACUACCCAUUCCAAGCCAGGCGCUUCUCCAACAGCUAGAAAACUAAAACCAGCGAGUGCAAGAGUCAGUGCAAUAAACCAAGAUGAUGACUCACGAAGCGUGUUUAGUGUUCAAUCAGAACGGAACAGGAGGCACAGCAUUGCAGGGUCAUCCGUAAGAGAUGAUGAGGAGAGCUUGGCAAGUUCCUCCUCGGUGCCAAGUUAUAUGGCUUCCACUCAGUCAGCAAAAGCAAGAACGCGGUUGCAAAGCCCAUUGGGCAUGGAAAACGGUACAACACCAGAAAAGGGAUCAGCAGGUUCUGUGAAGAAGCGACUCUCUUACUCAGCUUCACCAGCCAUUACAAGGCGGCAUUCAGGCCCACCAAAGAUCGAGAGUAUCUCCACAAGCACAAAUACUUCUAUUGCUGGCGUUUACGCGAAUGGAGUUGUCAACUGACUCAUCUUGUCACAAGUAUUAAAGCUGUCCCUCGGCCCUGCAAUACCAGUUAAAUGCAGAGAAGAUAUAAGGAUUUGAAACAAGGCAUUAUUUGAUCGAUUCGUGCAACUUCAACUUCUGCAUAAAAUCAAUAUGAAGUCGUUACUUUAUGUGUAUGCCUGCGCGUACUUGCUUUUUAAUUUAUCAAAAAAAAAAAAAAAUUGAUACAUGCUUUUUAAUUUUUUUUUCCUCCCACGAGUGUUGAUGAUUUCAGAUUGUGAUAGUUGUGAAUUUAUUUUAGAGAAACGUUUUUUUUCAUUGUGAUUAUAUGAUUCCAUCUUUAGUAUGUACACAAUAUAGUGAAAAGAGAGACUGUUUCUUUAUUUAGUCAA